CUCGAUGUUCCAUCUAGCAAUAUAUAAAAUACGCCUUCGCAUGAAACAUAACCUCAACAAAUGUUAAACUUGCCAACUUUUUACAUGUUUAUCAUGAUCACUUGUGUCAAAACGUAGGAAUGCUGUAUUACAUGCGAUCUCUAAACAAGAUUAAGUCGUCGAUUAGGUGCCUAAUUAUCGUCAUAUAACUUAAUGGGUCGAUCUGUUGAUAAUACUUUCUUGAUAUGGCCCCACUGACAGAUUUACUUUCGUGCAGCAUAAUCGAGAAAGAUUCUAACGGUGAUGUAUUGUGGACGUGGUCUUAUCCGACGAUAUCGGAAUCGCAAAAAGCAGUCGUUGCGAGGAAAUGUAACUUAGAAUUGGAGCAUAAUUCUCCUCAAGUGUUUGUAUUUUCAAGACAAAAACACGAUUGGUUCUACAUACAUUGUAGCGAAGUAUUCGAUUCAGACAAAUUACCAAAAAUAUGUACGCGCAAUGAAGUUACUGGAAACAAACAAGAAUUGUCUUCAACACAGGUCAAGCAAUUUGCAUUGGUUUUGUUUGCAAAAGACUUUAACCCACGAAAAUACGAAGUACUCUCGAGAGUACUUAGCAAAAUGUACUGCAAGACUGGAAAACCAACAGAAAUCUUACAGCUAUACCUUUCGGUAUUUACUAAAGGAUCUUGUUCUACUCAAGAAAACGGAACAUUUGUUUCCGAUGACUUUAAUAGCCAUCGGUUUACAGUGAAUACCAACAUUAAAGAAUUAAUUAAAACUUUUGAAUUGGAGACAAUUUUGAUAUACACAGCGCUUCUUUUGAAGAAAAGAAUAAUUGUUUAUCAUCAUAGCUUGGAACAACUUUUGAAAUGGAUUGGAUUGUUUCCUGCUUUAAUGAAACACCGUAAAGUCACAGACAAUUUGUUUCCUUGGAUCGAUCUGGUCGAUGACGAAUUAACAGAAUUAAAGAGACAUUCGUAUUACGUCGCGGGCUGCAGAAAUAGCUCCAUAUCGUCGAGAACAGAUCUGUACGAUCUACUUGUAAAUAUUCCAGCUAGAGAAAUUACCGUUGCUUCGCAUGCAAAAGAAAGUCUUACAAUGACAAAGACACACAAAGAAAUAGCUUUAUUCAUGGUUCAACUUUGUGAAAAUCAGACGUACACGGAAACUCAAAUAAUAUCCGAAAUAAACGAUAAAACUCAAGAUCUUUUGAACCAGUUAACAUCUUUGGCUCUGGUUCAAGGACCAGAUGGAAGAAAGAUGGUUUCCGCGCAAACAUUGAAGGAAAAAAAUCUACCGCCAGCCGUUGAAAACUUCUUAAUCAAUUUGGCUGUUGCAGAGAAUCUGUUUCUAUUAUAAUCUAUUGUAUAUUUUUGUAAAUAAAUUCAUUCGAUUGGA